AUGAGUUCCUUAACCAAAGUUCCUGCUUCCUCCAACGAUGUUUCCACUGAGGAAAGUGGUUGGACUAUGUACUUUGAUGACUUCUUUAAUAACCAUGUUGGUAAUAACCACAAGUGUUCUAUGUCUUUAUCCGGUGUUGCUAGCUCCUCCUCCUUUGUCUCUGAUGCUGCUUCUUUGGUAGAGAAAAAAGUGACUUCUAGUAAACAAGUUGAGGAGUUUUCUUUGAAUAAAAAUGGCAAGAGAUCAAGUUUCAAAAAGAGGAAGGAUAUGAUAACAGCUUUGAUUGAUGAAGCUUUGGAAGACACAGCAACUUCUCCUCUAAACUGUCCCAAGGAGAAAGGCAAUACCUCAGGACAAAAAGAAUUGAGUUUUAACGAGAGGGAUAGUGACUGCUCAGAACUAAAGAAGAGAGACCUUUGCUUAGUUCCCUUGUCAAUGGUAGUGAACUAUCUUUGUUAA